ACCCCCGCUGUUUGCCGACGUGGUAUCUCCCGAGAAGAGCAGUCACCUCCCCUCCCUAAGUCAGAUUUGUCUCCACUCCAAGGAAAUACACUGUACCUUCGAAUCGAGUAAAGAAAGUGUAGUUAACACUCUUCCAGCUGGACGGCCACAGAUACAGACAAAAAGGCCAGGUCGUCUUCAGUGAAGGAGGCUGGCGUACAAAUAGGCUGACAAGCCAUGAGGAGUAUACUUCUGAAUCCCUGAGAGAUCCUCUGAACACUCCUCCCUCCUUCUUCCAAUGUCUCACUGGUUGGGGCCAUGGCCUCUCAGUCAGGCAACAUGAACCGUGAGGACCGGAAUGUGCUCCGAAUGAAAGAAAGAGAAAGGAGAAAUCAAGAAAUCCAGCAGGGAGGAGGCGAGGCCUUUCCAGCAAAUUCCCCUCUCUUUCCUGAACCUUACAAAGUGUCCAGCAAGGAAGAUAAACUGUCCAGCCGUAUUCAGAGCAUGCUGGGCAAUUACGACGAGAUGAAAGAGCCGAUUGGUGACACACUUCCAAAGAUUGGUGGUAAACCUUCUAACAGCUCGUCUUCCUCAGAGGAGAAAUCAGGCCCGCCUUUGUUUGGUGGGGACCAGCGUAGCGGUGGCAGCAGCCAGAGCAGCAAGUGGACUCCUGUUGGCCCCGCAGCAGGUGGAUCUUCAUCUCAGUCCCAGAAACGCUCAGGACUCCAAGGUGGGCACGGUAGCCAGAGGGGCAACGGAGGGAGUAGCGGCAGCAGCAGCAGUAGCCAAAGACACGAAAAGAAGUCAAGUAAACACAGCGGAGGGUCAGAGCACUCAAAGUCGCACACGUCGAGUCCUGCGAAGGGCUCACUGAGUUCCUCCAGCAGCAACAGCCACUCACGGAGCUCCUUGUCUGCUGAGCAACAUCACAGCAAGGAGCGCUACCGUUCCAAGUCCCCGCGAGACAGAGAGGCCAACUGGGACUCGCCCUCACGGGUUCACACCUCCUUCCCCACCGGACAGCACUCGAGUCAGGCCUUUCCCCCAUCUCUCAUGUCCAAGCCCGGCUCCAUGCAGCAAAAGCCCACAGCCUAUGUGCGGCCUAUGGACGGCCAGGAAACGGCAGAACCCAAGAGCUCACAAGCAGAAAGCUACAGUGGACAGUCGCACAGCAGCACCAUGGGAGAGAUGAAGUCCAACGGCAAGGCCUCGCUUUCCAAACUCAAGAUCCCCUCACAGCCUGUAGAGGGAUCUGGUGACGCUAACUGUGUCGACGAGAUUCUGAAGGAAAUGACUCAAUCGUGGCCCCCUCCGCUGACAGCCAUCCACACCCCCUGCAAAACAGAACCCUCCAAGUUUCCAUUCCCCACGAAGGAUUCUCACCCCUUUCCCAGCGGACACAAGCGAGGCAGUUCAUCCAAGAGCUCCAGCAGCCACCAGUCCAAAGCUUGCGAUGACCAGCCAACUAUGCUUGAAGAUGACCUCAAGCUAAGCAGCAGUGAAGACAGUGAUGGAGAACAGGACCCUGCCAAGAAUACCUCAAGAAACACAUCAGCAAGCAAUAAUAGUGAAGGAGCUGAGCCAUCGAGGGAUGACUCCAGCAGCCACAGCGGCUCAGAGAGCAGUUCAGGCUCCGACAGCGAGAGUGAAAGCAGCACGACGGACAGCGAAGCCAAUGAGCACCCGCGGCCCGCCUCUCCUGAACCUGAACAGCCAAUGGCCAACAAAUGGCAGCUGGACAACUGGUUCAAGAAGGCCAAGCAGUUCUCCCCAGCUUCUCCAGUGGACAACAAUAAUGUUCCAACCAAGUGCAAGAAAGACAGCCGAGAAAACAGCUCAGGACGCGGCUAUGGUAGCCAGGGAGGGGGGUCAAAAGACUCAUCAGCACCCGCCCCAAGCAGGGACCUUCGGGCAGCGCAAAAGGGCGGUGAGAGUGGCCGUGGACGGCAAAAAUCCCCCGCCCAGAGUGAGGGCAGCACGGGUAACCGAAGGCCUGUGGGUAAGAAACAGCCUAAAAAGUCUGAGAAGCCCCCAGUGGUGGAGGAACCCAAGGGAGGUUUGAGAGUAGAGAGUGAGCCGGCUCCAGAGAUACCUCCUCACCGGCCCAAAGCUGCUACCAAGGGUUCCCGCAAACCAAGCAUCAAAAAAGAGCCUAAAUCGUCUCCACGGCCCACCGCAGCUGCCGUCACCACCACUGCAGAUAAACGUAAGGCCAAGGCGCCCACCAAGACUUGCCAGAAGUCCCGUGAAUUUGUUGAUACAGACUCUUCGUCGUCAGACUCUGAGGGGAAUGACAGCAUCCCGUCCUCAUCUCAAACACCCAAGUACACAGAGAGCAUCAGGACGCCUGUCUGUGUGUUUUCUCCAAUGGAGGAGAAAGAGCUGUUGUCUCCACUCAGUGAACCUGAUGAGCGCUACCCAGCAAGGCAACCACAGCAGCAGGUUUUACUAGUGAAAAUAGAUCUCAGCUUGCUGUCUAGGAUUCCAGGGCGGCCCUACAAGGAGCCUGUGGAGAUAAAAGUGGAGAGGGACGAUUCUCUAGACAGGGACAGCAAAGAAUUCAGCAAGCAGAACUCUGAGAAGAGCUCCAGCAAGAAGAGGAAACACAAGAAUGAUGAAGAAGGCACGAAGACAGAGAGCAAGCGAUGCAAGCUUGAGGAUAAGUCUGUAUCUCAUCAUAAAAGCAGCAGUAAAGAGUCUAAGAGAUCUCUAGAGAAGAAAGAAGAGCCAGUCCCCUCUCCUUCCAUGUCAGGUCUUCAGCGGACACCAAAGGCAGAGCAUCCGAGUCGGAAGAGGACAGUCAGCCAGUCCUCCACCUCUCUGUCCAGCGGGACAGGAAGUGGAAAGGAGGGGAGCCACAGUACCAAGGGCAACUCCACCUCCAAACACAGAAAAGGAGAGGACAAGGGACGCAGCACACGUGAGGGAAAGGAGAAAUCCUCAAAGGGCUGUGAUAACCAGCUGGCUGUGCCUCCGCUCUCCACGGACGGCUCCAAGUCUCAGAGAUCCAAGCUGGUGUUUGAGGACAGGGUCCACUCAGCAGAUCACUACUUACAAGAGGCCAAGAAGCUGAAACACAAUGCAGAUGCACUGUUGGACCGUUUUGAAAAGGCAGUUUACUACUUGGACGCGGUGGUGUCCUUUAUUGAAUGUGGUAAUGCUCUGGAGAAGAGCGCCCAAGAGGCCAAGUCUCCCUUUCCCAUGUAUGCUGAAACAGUGGAGCUGAUCAAAUACACUAUGAAGUUAAAAAGCUACAUGGCCCCAGAUGCUACUUCAGCAGACAAGAGGCUAGCUGUGCUUUGCCUGCGAUGCCAGUCCCUCCUCUACCUGCGGUUAUUCAAGCUGAGGAAAGACAGUGCACUAAAAUACUCCAAAACACUCACCGAACACUUAAAGAACUCUCUGAGUAACACCCAGGCUCCCUCUCCUGGAAUGGGAAACAAGGCAGCGGGCAUGCCCUCUCCAGUGUCUCCAAAACUGUCACCAGGCACCGCCGGUGGCUACUCGUCAGUCAGCAACAGUAGCAGCGCCAGCUCGUCUGUGACCAUACCUCAGCGUAUCCACCAGAUGGCUGCCAGCUACGUCCAGGUCACCUCCAACUUCUUGUAUGCCACAGAGGUCUGGGACCAGGCUGAGCAACUAUCUAAGGAGCAGAAAGAGUUCUUCUUGGAGUUGGACAAGGUGAUGGGUCCUCUGAUCUUCAACACCAGCAGCAUGACAGAACUGGUGCGUUACACACGGCAGGGCCUCCACUGGCUGCGCCUGGACGCAAAGCUAAUUCCCUAGCAAGGACUCGCUCCCUGCGCGCUGCUUCUAACACACACACACACACACACCCACACCUCAGCCUCUCGUGUUCAGCAACAUGUGCUCAAAGACACACGCAUGCCCUCAUAGACAGACACACACAAAUCCAUACGUACUGUAUGCACACACAGUCCACCUCUGGUCCUUCAUGUACACACACACACACACACGUGAUGAACUUCUCAGACAUAUCUUCAACACUGUGUCCAUUUUCUACACCAGCUUGCCAAAAACACUGAGCAAUUUAGGACAUCUCACACCUUCAACAGCACCACACAGGGAGAAGCAACGAAACCGCACGGGGGAAAAAUGAUGGAGCUUAUUGCCAUGCUUCAUAUAUCGGCAUUCUUACAAAAUCUUUGAAGGCCAUGUUUUUAUCUAUUCGGCAAGGAAAUGCUGGGUGAAUUAUUUAUUAUGAAUACACUAAAAAUGGGGGUUGGUUUAUAGGCUACUUUGGCUUUUAACUUUUUAUUUUACUUUGUUUCACCAAAGUACCUCCCAUGAACACCAAAGGUGCUUUAAAAUGAAGGUUUCUCUUUAUCAUUUUUGUGCCUUGUGUGUGAGCUACAGGAAAACAAAUGAUCACCUGUCAUAUCUGAAUGAAUACCUUUCCUUUUCCGUCUUUUUUUUUUCUUUUUCCAUUUGCUUUUGCGACAGUUGUCAUUUUAUACAUUUAAACAUUUGGCAGUUAAGGAAAGCUGGCAACAAUUAUGUUUUUAUUGCAGUCACUCAGUUUAAAAUCACGUCCUGUUAAUAUAUUUGACAUUUUAGAGAAAAGAUGGCGUUGGCUCAGUCUCGGUGGCCUCUAAUUAAGCUACCUUAAACCAUCUUGAUUUAUCUUUUCAUCAAUGUCUUUAGGCGCUAAAGGUUAAUUUUGGAACGUGCCCACAAGAUUUAAGGACUGUAGGAAGGGCUACUGUGCACAGCAGAUUAAUACUUCUGACACACAUAUUUAUAAAUGUCCUAAUGAGUUAUAUUGAUCCAUGUAUUGUUUUCUAACAUUGUCUUUUUAUUUACCAGAAUCUUUAACUUUUUUUCUUUUUUUUUUGCCCUGCUAGCAAAUAAAAUAUUGGUCAGUUGUUUAAGUUGUUCUCUUUUGGAUGUUUAGAGCAGCUUGGCCUCUAGGGGCUGCUAGCGGGGGGUUUUAGACUUGCAGCCUUAUUUAAAUUGAUCAUGUCAAUGUUCUCACUAAGAGAUUUGCUGCUUCUUUGAAGCUGUACAAUAUGAGUCUCUUCCCAUGAAAUGUUUUUACACUGUAGCUUCAUUGUUCAUUCAGAAAUUUCCUCGAGGAAGAGUCACUACAUACAGUGUUAUUCUUUUUUUUUUUAUCCCCUUGUUUGCUCAGUGUAUUUUUCUAAGGAACAGCAGGGAGUGUUUAAGUAUUGAAGCUCGUAUCCAUGAAUACAAUGCAGUUAUUUACAUUGCAGUUUCUAAAAACUGGGCCUGUGCGAAAAUUAAUUUGGUCUAAAGCAAAUUUCUCUGAAAGUAAAGAUGUUACAAAUGUUUUUUCUAGAGAAGCAAACUCAUCAGUGGUGCAGAUAAGCAGUGUUGCAUUUAUAGAACUAAGAGUCAAAUCUAUGAUUAUAUAUUUCAAAUAAGUAUAACAGCCAAAAUAGAUUUUAUUUAUAUACAAAGCAGUUUUUCUUUCUUCUGGCCAAGCAAAAGUAUAACUUUUCAAAUGCAUAGGUUUAAAACAGGGUUGAACAGGGGUUAUUUUAUGAGAUGCAAAGUAUUUGUAUAUGUAAUCAGUCCUAUUUAAAUUUUAAAAUCUUAAUCAUUACUCGUGUUGCAAGAAAGUAGGAAAGAAAUGUGUCAGCUAGUUGUGUUAAUGUGUUUCAGCAGGCAGAGUAGAGACAUCAAUGUAUGCCAGCUGUACACACAUGAACAUUUCUGUUGGUUAUUUAAAAUGACUGGUUCUCAUCAAGGCAGACGUGGAUGCCAGUGCUUGACAUUUGGGUUUUGGUCAAUGACAUGAAGGACUGUCCCCUUUGUUGUUUAGUUUAGUUUUUUGUUCAGCCCACUUCUUACAUGCUGGAAAUAUCCCGGGCCAAAUGGUAUUCAAUGGAAUUAUUACUGGUUUAUUUGGUUGAUGUUUUAGUUGAUCAUUGGUUGAAAAUGAUCAAAGUACUAAAAUUCUUCAGACCUGUGAUAUUUUUUAACUUUCUCGCAUUUUAUUCGAUCCUAAAACAUAUAUGCUGUGUUUUUUUUCCUGACAUGUCAUUUUACACUUUUUUCAAAAGAAAUCUCUAUCAUUACUGUUUGGCCCUGGUUUUACCUUUUUUGUGUUAUAUUUUUCAAUCUUUCACCGGCUCCCUGGCCUUUAUUGUAGGUAGGAUACUGUUAUUUCCUCUUGCACUUGAAACUGAGAAAGUCAGAGGAGGUAUUAUUUUAAUCUAUGCAGGAUUUUUACAAAAAAAAGUAUCAGUUUCUGUUUAGGCUUGGGAUUUUUUCCCCCUCUUCUUUUUUUUCUGCCUCAAAAAGAAACCUGUUUAACUCAAGUGUCCAAUGCCUUUAGCUUUUGCAAUUUUGUGUACUGGUUUAGUAAAUAUAUAUAAAUAUAUAUAUGUGUGUGUGUGUAUAUAGAUCUGUUUUUAUAACCAAACACAGAUGGCUUGAGCCAUUUUGUACUUAAAGCUGGAGGCCACUUUUCUCAUAGGAAUUCCUCUGUGGGUUUUGCCAGCCCAGUCAAUGUCUUCAUACACUGGUACACUUUGUAAGUACAGGUCCGCGCCUUGUGUUCCCUACACUAUCUUGUAGUCAAAUGUACAAAUUUAGCAUUAGAAUAAUUUUUAACAGUUUGCUACUCACACUUAUUUAUUUUUCUGCCCCUUUGCUUAAUGUUUUUUUUUUUUUUUCUAUUUUUCCUUUUUAAGGAGUACCAUUUUAUGAAAUAGGAAGAUGUAAAUGUAUUGGGGAUGUUCAUGAUGAGAUUUCAUUGUAAGUAGUAAUUAAUAUUAAUUCUAACUUGAAAGAAUCCAGGGUAAGAUGAGUUUUUUUGACAUUCAGUAGGAAGAUGUUAACACUUGCAUGUUUCUAUUUAAAUACAAAUGUAUAAAUUGUAAAUAUAACAUUUCUUUAAGGGUGAAUUUCUACUACAGGUUGACAUUUUUAUUGAAAUUUAAAAAUGCUGUAAAUACAUUUGUGAGAUACUUUAUGCACAUUUUUUUCCUCUCUGUGGGCUUUUGUGUUUUCUUCUUCUAAGCUGUUACAGACGACAUCUCUGUCUCUGAACACUGUAUAUCAAAUUGAUCUCUCAGUCCUUUUCUUAUACGUGCUCGUAUACUUUGUCUCCUGCUUCACUGUCUCUCAGUAUCAUGGUCGCCACAUAAUCAUUUAAUGUCUCUUGAUCCAAGUGCGAAUAUUUUGUCUUCCCUCUAUUUGAUACGGAAGUGUGUACUUUGAUGAAAUGUAUAUUGUUGAUCUCAUGGGAUGGAUGGAUGCAUGGCGGUUGGCGUGUACAGUCUUAUGUAAAACCACGUCUUGUUUCUUCCUCACAAGAGUAUUAACUAUUUGUCCCUUUUGAACAAUUGGUCCAACAUGUCUUUUGAAACAGAGGUAUUUCUCUACACGUCAAAACAGUUGUAGCAGUUUAUACAGUAUGUUGUAUAACACCUUUUUUCUAAAAGUCGUCUCACAAUUGAGACAAGCAGCAUACACUAUGUACAAUAGUCUAAAUUGGAUUAGUUUUAAGAGAACUGAUGAUAGAAAUACUAUAUAUGAUGGAUGCAAUAUGAUUAAAGGUACUCAUUGAGUUUGAUCUUCAAACUUAGGUUAUGUAAUUUAAAAGCAUUCUUGUGAAGUGAGUAUUAAUUGUGACUAAUGAGAGUCUGUCCUGAAUAUUCUUUGUAUUUUGUCGUAUUGAGAAUAAAAUAUAUAUGAAUAUG